AUGUUUGCAAAUAUCCUUCAUUUUUUUAGUAGAAGUGUCCUGAUUACCAAGAAACUCGGAGACUGUGAAAGAUGUGGAAUCAUAUAUGGGUGUAUAGGAAACGUUUUACACCUCCUUGGAAACUACGAUGAAGCGAUUGUCUUCCACUACUGGCGACUGAAAGCUGCUCGUCGAUUUAGUGACGCUAAAGGAGAGUAUCGUGCGCUGCAGAACAUUGGCAACGAAUAUGCUAGUUUGUCACAGUAUGACAAAGCAAUUAAGCUGUACAAUGAAGCGAAACUAGUGGCAAUUCAUAUGAAUGACGUCCAACGAGAAGAACGAUGUAAGCAGUUCAUCAGACAUAUUUCCGAAAUUGCUUCCGAACAGGAAAUAAUUGAUUGA